CUGGUACUUGCAUUCUGAAAAAAAAAACAGUCAAUUUUUGGGGGUUAAGCAGUAAGCAGGUGUUUUUUGCAAUUGCUUAUCUCUUAUCAUAAAAUUAAACCGCAACUACCGCAGAUUUAAACUUGUAUUAUUUACAUCUGAAGAAGUGCUUAGUUCUUGUUAAAAUGCCUCCUAAGAAGAAUAAGAAAUCCGGCAAAAACGGCUAUUGGGAGUUUGUUUUGGAUUGUCGGAAUAAACAUCCAAAUAAGCAAAAUAUGCACGAAGUACAAGACUACGCUGCAAGGAAAUGGGCGUCCAUGUCAAAGGAAGAACGCCGCCCGUAUGAAGAACGCGCUCUGCUAGCCCGAGAAAUGUACUCUCCUGCCAGGUACACAACUGAUGGUAUUGACAUUGAAGUGGUUGAGAGAAAAGAGCGAGACGAAGCAAGGAAGAAACAAGAAAUGAAAGAUGACAUUACGCGAACACUGAAAGCGGCUUAUUUCGCCACUGAUCUUGACGAAAAAAUUUUCUUAGUUAUUCAUAUCAAUCAUCUGGCGUAUUACCCUACUGAGGAUAAAUAUUUUAUUUGUGAAAUAGCCAUAGCUGCUGUAAGUCUUAAAAACGGAGUGGAGGAUGUGUUUCAUAGAAUUGUCAAACCCGGAAAACUUCCGUUGGGGUAUUAUGGAGGAGCAUUAACUCAUUCGAAGGAAACUCACCAAAUGCUUGAGUUGGUUCAGGAUGAACCUUAUGAGAACAAUACUCGUGAAGUUUUUAAUGAAAUGACUUCUUUCCUGAAACUUUGGAGAGGCAAGGGAAGUGAUUCUAUCGUUUAUGCGGAUGAGAAAACUCAUGAAAUGAUAACAAAAGUCAUUGAUAAUUUUUGCCAAGAAUUCAAUUAUCCUGACGAAAUUAAAGUCUACAACUUCCAAUAUCUGUUUUUUGCUUUGAGAAACUCAGUAGCUGCGCGAACCGUCUGGCCUACAGAAACCUACAGUUCUACCGAACUUGAAAAAGACCUCUACAGCUACACACCUGAUAUUUCUUGCGAAUUUCAUGAAAUGUCGGACAUUUCCGUCUACUGUAGCAAGUCAAUCGUGACCAGAUACUGCUACACACUUUGUGACCAUUGCUGUACUGACUUAAACAUUCAACUAGUGGCUGGGUUUCACGUCCCGAAAAAUUCCAGAAUUGCGGUAGAUUCCAGCAGGACUAAUUCCAAAGCCCCCUCAGUCUGCAGCACAGAUGAUUAUCGUCAAGCCGCGAGAAGCCGAGUUGGUUCAUUCAGUUCAACAUACGAUGAGAAUUAUCCAGCUUUGGGGAGCAGCAGAUCAAGCGCUUCUUCGGUUGUAAGUUUCUCCUCAAUGAGGACUCCCCGAAAUGUGGGACAACCGACCAAAGCUGCCACCAGAAUUGAACAAUCCUUCAAAGCCAUGUCUGUGAGAGAUCACCGCAAUCUGAAUUUCCCCCCGAAAGGCUACGAAAAACAAAAUGAAAAAUAAAACGACACGCAAGCAAGCAAGCUUGUAACGCAUUGCUCUUAUCUAAUGAUAAUAUGUUAAUUUUUUACUUGUUAACGUUACACAUAUUUGAAGUGUUUAUUAAGUUACGUCAGACAAAUAUUUUUCUAUGUGAAGAAAUUGAUUUGAAUAAAGGAUUGGUAUUAAAAAAUUAAA